AUGCUGACUUCAAUUAACAGAUCUCUAGUGCUUGUUGAAGGGCUUCACAGGCGUAAGCCGUUUAAAAUUGCGGGCCCAUUGCUUCUUAAAAGAUUUGCAUUUCCUCAAAUCCUGAAAAUUUUUACAGACAUGACCGAAGACGAUCUUCUAAACUUCAACUAUCCAAUACAGCCGCAGGCACAAAUACAAAUGGAAAACAAAAUCAAACAAGAACUAAGGUCUCUUUCUCUGAACACUUUCGUACCGAGAGAGAUUGAAAGAUACACAGACAAGUAUCUUUCGGCUAUUUCUAGACAGGAUAUUCAAAAAACCAUAAAUAUCGAAAUCAUGAGUCCAGAACUUCAGAGGAGUCGCGAAACAUGCCCAGGAAUAGAUACAAAUGUAAUUUUUAAUGAUAUGGGUGAUGAGGACAACAACAAUGAUGGCGUUUGCAAUGAUAGCUCUGAGCACGGUAGUUUAGAGACAGGAAAUGAUUAUGAGCACAAUUACUACGAAGAGGAUGAAUUGGCUGAUGAAAAUAAUAAAAACGAAGAGGUGCUUUAG